UUCGUUGCCAUAUCAACGAUUGUAUACUUCAACAAGUUGUUUAUACGGCGGAACUUACAGUACAUUCAAUUUAAGGUUACACUUCCAAAAUUAGAAAUCAAAUUCGUAUUCAUUGGAUUAAUUGAUGAUAAAACAAAGCUAUAUAUCUUGAAUCUUGGGUAUUCGAAAUUAAUCUUGUUAAUAUUCUAGAUUUUGAAGCAAUUUGUAAGGUUGCACAUGAUGUGAAAAUACCAGUUACCGUUGAUAAUACCUCUCUAAUUAACUUGAUUUUAUAUAUAGGGACUGAAGGUUAUGGAACAACAAUAGAGGUAUAAUGAUUGAUGGAGGUAAAUCCCCAUGGAAUAAUGGAGGAUUCACAAUUUUCACUAAUCCAAGUUCUGAUUAUCAUGGAUUAAUUUAUUGGGAUAUAUUUGGAUAUAAUGCCUUUACUACGAAAGCACGUUCAGAAAUUAUGCGCAACGUAGGACCGUGUCAAAACCCUUUUGGAUCAUUCUUAUUAAUACAAGGUUUUGAAGCUUUAUCAUUAAGAGUUCAUACUGUAUAUACACAAGCUGAAAAUGUUUUGGAAUUAGAAAAAUGGUUCGAAUCAAGAGAUGAUGUCCUAUAGGGUUCAUAUUCCCAUCCUUAUCAUGAAAAUGCUAAAAAAUAUAUGCGGAAUGGAUUUGGAUGUAUUUUGGAUUUUGGUGUUAAAGGUGAUGCAAAUGUUGGAGCCGCAUUCUUUACAACUUGCAAGGUAAGGAGGUUAAACCAAUUUAGUUAAUUAUUUUUAUUAUUUCUUUAGUCAUUUAGCUAAUGUGAGAGACGCAAAAACUCUCGUGAUACAUCUUCAGUUGCUUCAACGACACAUCAACAAUUAACGGACGAAGAACAAUUAUCUGCAGGAGUAAAUAAAAGAGAUGAUACGUGUCUCUGUUAGCUAUGAACAUAUUGAUGAUAUUAAAGAAGAUU